GCCGGCACAGUAGCGUAUAAAAGCCGCCCGGGAGCCGGGGAUCGGCAGAGAUCAGGCAGCAGUCGAGCGGACCACUCACAACACUGACAACAUGAACUUCAAACUGGUGCUGGUACUGCUGGUGGCUCUGGUCGGAGUCGCCGUCGGAUCCGGCUCGUACUACGGAGGCAGAAGAUCCUUCAGCCGUUUCCCGAGCAGACGUGGCGGUGGAUACUACCGCGGAAACAGCGGCGGCGGAUACUAUUCUGGGAACAGCGGAUACUACCACGGAAACAGAGGCGGUGGUGGCGGAUACUACCGCGGCAACCGCGGCGGCGGCGGAUACUACCGCGGAAACCGUGGCGGUAGCAGUUUCUACGGCUAACACAGCGGUGAUGGAUAUGAUUUCGGACGCAGAGUCUACGGAUAGAACCUUUGUCGUUACUACGGACGCCCUCGUGGACAGGGUCCUUGCUACAGAUACGCCCAUACUGGGUCCCGUGGAACCAUUAUGUAUGACUGAUCAAACGUAUUGCUGUACCGUUCAUACCCAUCGGUGUGUAAUAUAAUACAAGCUUUGGGAAUA